AUGGAUACAGAAUAUGACUAUUUAUAUAAAAUUGUACUUAUAGGGGACUCAGGAGUUGGUAAGUCAAACAUUCUUCUUCGCUUUACCCGAAAUGAAUUUAACAAGUUAAGCUUACUUAAGUUAAUGUUUCGGGCGAUGAGCGGAGUCAACCACAAAGCAUCACCUAGUCUUGACCUCAAAAAGCAAGUAUCCACAUACCUUAGAGUGCAAAUGAUGAAAAUGGAAGGCUGCUCUUUUGGAUUUCCUAUCUAACCCACUUGCCAGAGGGAUUAGCUCCCUUGGGCAAAGCCGCCAUCCGAAGAGUACUUCGAUGGUCUGUAUAAGUAAAGACCAUGUGAUAGGCAAAACCCUGAUCUGGCCUAUCUGGCAAGGACAGGAAACCUCUAGGGAAGAAAAACUUCCCUCUUCGGCAAGGCUUUCCCAAACCUGAAGGCCUACUCAUAAAAGAACAGAGGCCAUGUUUCAGCUUCAUCAGGAUGGAUCAAACCUGCUCCAUAGGAAGUGUAUCCUGAAGUCCAAUUUCUAUCAACGCCACCAUUUUAUUUCUGAACUACCAAGGAAUCCAAGUCGACAAUAGGUGUUGAAUUUUCUCAAAAGAAUCUAAAAAUAGGUGAAAAAACUAUAAGGAUUCAGAUUUGGGACACAGCUGGGCAGGAUAGAUUCCGAGCUAUUACAUCAACUUAUUACAGAGGUGCAAUAGGUGCCUUACUUGUAUAUGAUAUUUGUAAUCACAACAGCUUUGAUCACAUUGACAGGUGGUUAAAAGAAUUAAGAGAUCAUGUGGAUCCAGAGAGUGUUAUUGUGAUGCUCGUAGGAAAUAAAUGCGACUUAGAGGAAAAACGAGCAGUUAGGCCAGAAGAUGCCCUUAGCUUUUCACAGCGAAACAGUAUGGCCUUUAUGGAGACAUCAGCACUAGAAUCAACCAAUAUCGAGCAAGCUUUUGAAAAACUUGUCAGCUUAAUAUACGAAGAAACUAUCAAAAAUCCAGCCAGCUCUAGAAAAAGCGAGAAUUCCAUUGUAGGCCCUACAAAGAAAAUAGAAAAUAAUACCGAAGCAAGAAUCAGCAUCCAAAAAUCCCAGAAAACUAAAACUAGCUGCUGUUAA